GAGAAGUAAUUCGCCAGAAGGCUCUUGAGUUUGCAGCAUUGUUAGGAGUUCCAAAAAGUGAUUUUAAAGCAUCUGAUAGUUGGUUUUCACGAUUCAAGGCUAGAAUAGGAAUCCAAAACCAUCGAAUUCAUAGAGAAGCAGAGAGUGCCCUGAUAGAAUUUUUGCCCCAAUUCUACAUUUUUAAUGCAGAUGAAUGUGGUCUGUUUUAUUGUAUGGAACCUAAUACUUCACUUCUAACAUCUGCGCGAAAGGGUAAAAAAAAAAAAAAGUCGAGAAUUACUGUUGUUUGCAUGUCCAAUGCAGGUGGUACUGAAAAAAUCAAGCCUCUGGUUAUUAACAAGUCCCAUAUUUUUAAG